CAUGAAAAGAUAUAACAGAAAACUAAAAAGCUUCACACUCCAUUCAAUUUUCUAUCAAUGGCACACUUAGCAAACUUAAACACCAUCAAUGAAACACUGCCUGCAAUACCAAAAUUUACUAUAAACAAGCAAAAAAUAAAAAGAUCAAGAGCAACUAUAAUAGCAUUUUCGGGCAAGAAAAAUGAUGAAAAUCAGCCAUUAAUGCAGACUACAAGAAGACUGGCAUUAAGCCUUGGUUCUAUAUCUCUUAUUGCAAAUUCUGGUCAUGCCAUUUCUCUUGCUGAGGAUAAUGGCUUUUGGCAGCUUGAUUUCCCUCUCAUUAGCCCUUCUGCUGAAAAUAAGAUUGCGAAUGAGAAAACGGGUACGCGUUCUUUUAUAAAGAAAGGACUGUUUAUGGCGGACAUUGGUGUUAAAGGAAGCAUGUAUAGGUUAAGAAAAUGCAGUUUUGAUCUCCUGGCAAUGGAGGGUUUGAUUGGGGCAGACACUUUGAACUAUGUUCGCAAGUAUUUGAGACUCAAAUCUACUUUCAUGUACUUCGAUUUCGACAAGGUUAUCUCUGCAGCUUCUCUUGAUGAUAAGCAGCCUCUUACUGAUUUAGCUAACAGAUUGUUUGACAAAUUUGAAGAGCUUGAAGAUGCUUCAAGAAGGAAGAACCUGUCUGAGACUGAAUCAAGUUACAAAGGCACAAAAGUAAUUCUUCAAGAAGUCAUGGACAGAAUGCCAGAUAUGAUCUAAACAAAGAAACUAUUUUCAAAAUUAUUUGUUAAGUCUCUUGCUCUUAACAUGUAUUUUAGUCUUAAAACUGUUUCUACA